GAUCCUCGUUACACGAACGGCUGCACGUGCGUUGUGUUUUGGAAAUCGCAAGUGUCUGGCGGAGCAGGACCUGCUAUUGUCACGCCGUAAGGAAAGAAGAAAAUCCGCUAAACCGUCCAAAAACCUAAUAAAACAAGGAGAAAUCACGUCAAAAUGCAUUCCAUGUUAAAGCGCAUGAGGCAGGACUUCAACGUCUACGUCGGGGCUGAAACGGGCGUGCUGAAAGGGUUGCACUUAAACCAGAAGGCCGUAAUCAACAAAAAUUUCAACAACCUUCAGUCGCUGGAGCGGGGACAGGAAAUCACAUCCAUGAUUUGGGGAAAUGAAGAACAGGAGGAGAUAAUGAUGGGGCUACAUAAUCAAACCAUAAGAGUAUUUGAUGUCGGCAUAAAAGCAUUCACUUCAUCAAGGGAAAUCAAAGUUGGAGAAGGACCUAUCGUCUCCCUGGCAAAGUGGAAUGAUGUCACUGUAAGUGCUGUUAAGUCGGGCCAGAUCACAGUCUGGCACAGCGAUGAGGCCAAAGAAAUCAAUGCGCUGAAAUCCGGAGAGUUUUUGUCACGCAUGAGACAAGACCCUCAGUCACCAAAUAUGAUUGCAACCGGAGGAAAGGAAAAUGACCUGCAGCUUUGGGACCUGAAUAAACCAGAAGAACCUAUAUUCAAAGCCAAGAAUAUAAAGCCAGAUAUGGUACAGCUAAGAGUUCCAGUGUGGGUGUCCGAUAUGACAUUCCUGAAGGAGCCAAACUGCAUUGCUCUUGCUACUCGGCAUUGUCAUGUUCGAAUGUACGACCACAAGAGGCAGAGGCGACCCGUUGUUAACUUUGAGUGGGAAGAAUCUCCUUUCACUUCCAUCACAUCUGUGGCUGAUAAAAGCCAGGUGGUUGUUGGAACAGCGCAUGGCAGGAUGGGAUGCUUUGACCUGCGAAUGAACAAGCCAGAACAUCCUGUGCGAAUAUUCAAAAGCUUUGCAGGUGCAGUUCGAGAUAUCGUUGUUCACCCACACCUGCCGCUGGUCUUCUCAGUGGCCCUCGAUAGAUUCCUUCGAGUGCACCAUCUCGAGACCGGAAAACUCAUACAUAAGGAAUACUUGAAAUCGCGGUUAAACUGUGUGCUCGUCCGGGAUGACUUUGAGGAAGGCGACUUACUCCCGACCAGAGGAAAACCCAAGAGGAAGUGGAUGGAGAGAAAUAAAGAGAUCGAAGAGGAACUGGAAUACGAUUCAUCAGAGGAGUCCUGUGAAAAGAUUAGGAAGAUUGAAGAUGAUGAAGUAUGGUAGGCUCUUUGGUGCGGAUGUGAUGACAGGCUUUCAUAAUAAAGGAUACGAUCUCUUG